GUUCGGGUGCAAUAACGACCACAGCAGAGCGACGGAGCUGCCGGCGAUUCUCACGGGGAGACUUAAUAAACAAGUCAUCGGACGCACCUUUCAUUCGUCGCGGCCUUGUGUCCGCAUCGGGCAUGAAGUUGUUUCCUCGUAACGUUCCGCCCUCUCUUUCCCCGUCAGAUGCGGCUGCGAUCCCUGCUCGGAAGACCAAGGCCACUGAGGCUGCUGAAAACAUACGGACUCCACCAGCUGCAGAAGAGCUCAUGAUCCCACCCUCUUUUGUGGUUGGCCUGAACGACACAAGUGCGCUUGAGGGAGAGACGGUGACUCUGGAGUGUCAGAUCUCUGGCCGGCCCACGCCCACCAUCGUGUGGUUCAGAGAGGAACGCAAGAUCGAGAACUCCUCCGACUUCCGCCUCUCCUUCGAGAAGGGACGCGCUCGGCUGGAGAUCGGCGAGGCCUUCGCCGAAGACAGCGGGCGCUUCUCCUGCACGGCCACCGGAGAGGCCGGGACCGCCAGCACGUCCUGCUACCUCACUGUCCACGGAAAUUUUGAAAAGAACGUAAAGAACAAUGAAACGACAAUGAAGACGGAGGCGACCGCGGAGACCCAGGACCGUGAAGUUCUCCCCCCGGUGGUCAUUAGUGACUGUAACAAGCAACAGGCAGUGGUAAUCAAGAACUUUGCCCCAGAGAAGGUGUGGAGCUCUCCAAAAACAGUUCUCAGCUCCAGCUUGGAGCCAGUGUCUGUGGGCCUGCUUGGGCCUCUGGCGCUGGAGGAAGGCCCCGUGGUGGCUCCCGUGUGGACGCGGGUGGGCCGCAAGCUGACGUACAGCGUGGAGUACCGCGACUUCUCUCUCGAGAAGCUGGGCACCCUGCUGGCUCAGAGCAAAGCCCCCCAAGGCUCGGGACCCCGUGUUACUGUGGCUGCAAACGAGGCCCGAAACAGCACAGACUCUUCAGGAUUGAUGGUGCAAAGUAAGACAGCGGCUCCCCACGUGCACACAUGCCACCGCCAUCGGGGAGCAAAUUGACAUCACGGGUCAUGUGGCUGCUUGAAAAAUUCCGGUAAAGGGCCCGUUUCCGCACCCGGACCAGAGCCGAAAGGUACGUCGUCUCU